CACCGUCACACAAGUACUACUACCAUAUCAUGUGAUGUGCAUGAGGCAGGGGAGUGCUUUGCUCCUCCACACCAGCCCAGCCAUGGCCAAGGUAGCUCCUCCUCUCCUCGCCGCUGGGAGCUGCACCGCCAUCACAGCCCAGCCUUCGUCGAGGAAAGGCGCUGCCGGUUUGUUCGCCAGUCACAUCGUCAGCAAGCGUGCAAGGAUAAUAGCGAAGCUUGGCAAGAUUGGUCAAAAACUGAUCCGCGCAGGAGGAGAUGGUGAGCUGAAGCCUCCAGGCAAGAAGAAGUUCAUCACCAGGGAAGAGGAGCCAGAACAGUACUGGCAGACUGCAGGGGAGAGGGAGGGCGAGAACCCCAUGAUGACACCCCUGCCCUACAUCAUCAUCUUUGGCAUGUCCACCCCCUUCGUCAUCCUCGCCAUCGCCUUCGCCAAUGGCUGGAUCAAGGUCCCUGUGCGAUGAGCACUUGUCCAUGACCAUGACGCGGUUGCGCAAUCAACCAAUCAGAUCUUGGAUGUUGAUUGCCCUGCAUCUUAUCCAGCGAGAGUCCUGCGAGUUUGUACCUUCAUAUAUAGAGACAAGAGUUCUUGUUUGUGUAAGCAUAAUUGCAUGAUCAUAUGGUGUAUGUUUAGUAUGUAACUCAAAACUUUUGGAGCUCCUAAGUGUUUACCCUUUUGCAAUAUAACUUCAGUCUUCAGGCAUUCUUCCAA